AUGGGAGCCACUCCUUUCACCGAAAGAAUCUUAAGGGCAAAGCUCCCUAAAGGUUUUGAUAAACCCACAGACAUGAAGUACGACGGAACCAAAGAUCCCCAAGAGCACCUAACGGCCUUCGAGGCCAGGAUGAACCUAGAAGGAGCUGCCGACGCAGUCCGAUGCAGAGCUUUCCCGAUAACCCUAGCCGGACCAGCAAUCAAACGGUUCAACGCCCUCCCCAACGGAUCCAUAACCGGUUUCCACGACAUCUCGCGGAAGUUCAUGGCCCAAUUCACCACCAGAAUCACUAAAGCUAAACACCCUAUCAGCCUAUUAGGAGUCACGCAGAAACAAGACGAGUCCACAAGAAAAUACCUCGACUGCUUCAACGAUGAAUGCCUGACGGUUGACGGACUCACAGAUUCCGUCGCAAGCCUCUGCCUAACCAACGGACUCAUGAACGAGGACUUCCAUAAGCACCUUACCACCAAACCAGUAUGGACCAUGAACGAGAUCCAGAACGUCGCCAGGGAAUACAUAAACGACGAGGAGGUCAGUCAGGUCGUAGCCGCCAACAAACGACAGCACGGCAAAUCCCAACACGGCAACUCGGCGUCUCGAUAUAACCCUCUAUCCAGAGAAUGUCAAAAGGACCAUCCCAAACUAGCAAACACAAACCGGUCACCUAGAAUUGGCAAAUUCUCUAGCUACACACCCCUGACGGCCCCGAUUACCGAAAUAUACCACCAAAUAGCGGAUCGAGGUAUCAUCCCGAGGGCCCGACAGCUCAAAGAAAGAACCGGCGGCAACAAAACCCUAUACUGUGACUACCAUAGAGGUUACAGGCAUAGGACACAAGACUGUUUUGACCUAAAAGAUGCCCUCGAACAAGCCAUAAGAGACUGCAAAGACAUAUCGGGCAAAUCAAAAUCAACACUAAAAAAGGACAUCAAAGUCCUAGCAGUCCGGAACCAAACCCCAGCCACCACCGCCGACAACACGGUAACAUUCCAAUCCGAGGACUGCCAACACGACACCUCUGCCGAAGAUGCCCCUUUUGUCAUCUCAGCAAGGAUCGGAACAGGGCUAGUACGAAGGAUAUUAGUGGACAGAGGAGCAGACUCCAACAUCCUCUUCAGAGGAGCCUUCGACAAGCUCGGACUCCGCAACGAUAAUCUCCAAACACACCGCAACGGCGUCACGGGACUCGGUGACAACUUCCUCAAACUAGACGGCUCCAUCGCCUUCCCCCUCACCAUAGGAACGGAAAAACUGAGGAAGACAAUCCUAUCCGAGUUCAUGGUCCUCAAAGACUCCACCGCCUACAAUGCCAUCCUCGGAAGGAAAAUAAUCAAUGACCUCUCCGCCGUCAUCUUCACCAAAUACCUCCUCAUGAAGUUCACAACAGAAGAAGGCUCCAUAGGUACCAUCCACAGAGACCGAGAAAUCGUAGUAGAGUGCGAUAACGCCAGCCUAGCUCUACAGAAAAAGUCUCCAGACGCGGCCGGCAUAUUCUUAGCCGACCUGGAUGCCCGACAAGAUGACCAACCUAGGCCGGAACCAGAAGGUGACAUGGAAAAACUGCAAAUAGGGCGAACCAAAGACGAGUACACUUUUAUCAACAGGAACCUCCCGUACGACUUUAAAGAGGAUCUCUCCCAAAUCCUGAAACAGAACAGAGACCUAUUCGCAUUCACACCAGCCUAUAUGCCAGGAAUAGACCCCAACCUAAUGUCCCACCGGUUUUCCAGAGAUCCCAAAGCCAAACCUGUGGCACAAAGAAGACGGAAAAUAUCCCCGGACCGAGCAGCUGAAGUUAAAGAUCAAGUAUUGUCCAAAGGACGCCUUCCCUCUACCCAACAUCGACAGUCUGAUCGACACCGCAUCCGGCCACCGAUACCUCAGCUUCAUGGACGCAUACUCCGGGUAUAA